GACAGAGAUAACCCUAAUCUUCAAAUCCUUCCACUCCGGCGACGCCACCAGAUCCCCUAAAAUCGGAACCCCCGUCGUGAUGGGCGACGCCGCCAACGCCUCCCGUCGGCGUCGGCUGGCCUCAAUUCUCCUCUCCCGGAAACCGCGCUUCACCGACAGCAAGAACGAGACCACGGCCGCAGUCGUAUCCAGGGAUGGCUUUACCAUGGAGGUCUCCUUCUGGAUGGCCGACCCACCGCAGCUGUCGAUCUUCUCCAUCCACUGCUGCAGUCCCCCUCAUCUGCAAGACCGGCCGUAUUCCGAGUUCUCAGAUUCGCCACACGUGGUCGGCGUCGGCGCGGAGGGCCGUUUCGUCCUCUUCCGCGCCGUCUUCAACGGCCACUACGCAUCUGAAUAUUUCCUGUACAAGGCCGGUGAGUCGCCGUUGCUCGACCGUAUUCCUUCUCCCCACGAGUAUUGUGAUGACGACCGCGAUGAUCUGCGCGGGGUCAGGGAGUUUGGCAUCCUGCAGCUCGGCAGCCACUAUCUCGUGGCCGCUCUCUGCCUCCCGCCGUCGUCGGAUGACUAUCACCUUCAAAUCUACUCGUCCGAGAAAAAGUCCUGGACCACUAGGACACUGCCCAAUCCAUGUCCUCGGAUCCACAGGAUUAUACCCGACAAGGUGAUCUCGCUUGGAGAAGGCUUACUAGGGUGGGUUGAUUUGUCACACGGCCUGCUGAUGUGCGACUUGCGUCAAGAUAAUGUAAGAUUCAUCCCGUUGCCGGAGCUGUUACCUGGGAACAGAUACAAACUAAAUUGUCCCAUUCCGCCUAGCACCGCAAAGAGAAAGAGAAAACUAGAGGACGAAUCUCACCCAAAUCUCUGGUGGUUUCGGGAUCUCACAUGCGUUGAUGGCGUGCUCAAAUUUAUUGAGAUGGAGAAUCUUGCUCCUGGAAUCCAGUGCGACAAGGAGGGUUUUAUCUACGAUUCGGACUUGAUCAUGUCGCUCGAGCGCAAAGAGGAUUGGAAUUCCAAGCAGCUGUAUUUUGGGGGUGCCUGUAGGGCUGUCACAUGGACUCGGACAGUUUCAUCUAACGGUUGGCGCCAGACAUGCGCUGCUGAUGUCGCUGACAUCUUGGUUGACGACGGAUCAGUGCAUUCGUCUUUGUUGCCCGGGCUGGGCAAAAAGUUGACAUUGGGGGACCUCUACUCAGCUUUCCCUAUCCUGAGCCCGGAUGGUGACGAUAUUCUUUAUCUCAAAUCUGUGUUGGAACCUAGUAUUCAGGAUGGAUGGGUGGCCGCUCUUGACUUGGGAAACAAGGCAGUGAAAGCAAUUGGAAAGUAUUAUCUUCCGGAUGAUUUUUAUUACGAACUUCGCUAUGACCUUCAACAUCCUUUCUUUGCCUGUACAUUGUCCCGCCAUCUGGAUAUGACUCCAGGCACUGAAGUCUCAGCGUGUCGCAAGAUCCCAGAGGAGGCUAGCAGCUCUGCAAAUCAUCCAAGUAACUCCUCAAUCUGUGUGGGUGAGCUCAAUUCCUGCGAACCAAGGAGCAAAAUCCAAUGGCCAUUGGAAUGGGCUCAGAAAAACAAGCGUGCACGGUAUGCUGCUGGGAGUAUUAUGCAGAAUGAUCAUAUUUCCCAGGUCCAUCCUAUUGAAAAUAAUCUGCGGAAGCAGCUUGAUGAGAAGGUGCUGGAGCUAGAGCGGGAGAUAGAGCAUGAGCUAGAGUGGAAGAAAGAGCGGAAGACACAACAGCAGUGCUUCAAAAAGUGGGAUGUGCAAUGCUAUCCCCCUGGGCAGUCAUUGUGGCCCCAAAACAAUCUGCCAGCGCGGCAAUACUUCAACAAGCCAGAUGGACCAUGUGGCCCUGGUUAUGCAUCGUUUGCCCCUGUACAUGGUCGUCACAACUACCAGCCACUGUGGCAGAAGCCACCACCAUUAAAACAGCUUUUCACUCAUAGCAGUGAGUUUGGACCUCAUGAGGUACCCCAGCCAUCCGUCAACAAUAGCAGUGGAGUCAUCUACCAUUGAUUCACCUCCUCCUUCGCAGUGUCAUCCAACACCUAGUGAGAACCCUUGUGUGUUUCAAACUUGAAAUUUGAAGAGGGUUACAUAUUGUCAAUACUAUGCAAGGUAAUAUCCUCUCAUAGUUUGACACUGUUGCUUAUGGUCUAUAGGAUCAUUGCUUAUGGUCCGAACUGUGAGAAAUGUUUAUUUCCUACUCCCUCCGUUUCCAAAUAUUUGUCUUUCUAGAGAUUUCAACAAGUGACUACGUACAAAGCAAAAUGAGUGAAUCUACACUCUAAAAUAUGUCUACAUACAUCUGUAUGUUGUGUCCAUUUGAAACGCCAAGAAAGACAAAUAUUUGGGAACGGAGGGAGUAGAAAUUGUUUGGAAACCAGUAGUAAUCAUGGCUAUGCUUCUGGUAACAGGGGACCUCUUCCUUCGAACCGCUGGGAGAUACAUGAUGUCUCUUUCCAAUAGCCAAGGUAAGGUGAAGAAGUUUUAUCUAGAUCUUAACAGUAGCCAAGCUGCUGAUCGAAGAAGAGGCCUGAUGACGACGCCACUGGAGCUGUUAAUAUAUGUAUUUAUGUACUCCCUCCGUUCCAAAAUAGAUGACCCAAAGAGUAGUAGAUGGGCAAAACCAUCCUACCUUCCAGUGUGGUGUAUGUGUACGGGCUUAAUACUGGACUGCCUUAUUAUAGUAACCUACCUAGCUGUUGAAUUGUAUAGGUGAUGUUUAUGUUCUUCAAGUUUAUGCGUCGCUAUCUUGGGCGACGCUCAGGCUAGCAGGAGGUUUGCUCUGGCUGGAAUGUGGACCUCCGUACUGUUUUGUGGGCCUGUGGGCUGUGGCAGAUGUUUUCUGCUCCCUCCGUAUCUAAAUAUAAGUAUUUUUAGAGAUUCUACUA